CACAAAGAUUUACAUAUUCAAUAAUAAAUUAACAUAAAACUUGUAAAAUGUAAAUAUCUAUAAAUGCGUUGAAUCGAAGUGGACAGCCCGGAUAAUAUCGAACCGAAAGCAGCAUGGCCUAGAGAUGGAACUAGAGGCCGUGGAAAUGGACAGGAGCCAUCUCCUGAGCGAGAUUGCCAGCCGGCCUGCCAUUUGGGACACUCGCAUCAACAUCGCCUUCCGUCGCGACCAGAUGCUCUCCGACUGGAACGACGUGGCCAGUGCGAUGCAGUGCAGCGUCGAUGACUGCAAGCGCAAGUGGAAGGGUCUGCGGGGCAACUAUCGCAACUUGCUGCGCCGCGGCAACUGCAGUUGGCAGUUCUUCCACGAGAUGGAGUUCAUGCGGGGUGUCUUCCUGGAGCCACAAAAAGGUGCGCAGGCGCAGCAGUUGCAGGCGCAGGAGAUGCAGGCGCAGGAGGUGCUGGCGCAGAAGGGGCAGGCACAGGAGGAGCAUGUGUCCCCGCAGAACCAUCUAACGAAUUCCGACGGAAGUCUGGUUUUUGAGAUGAAGGAGACACUCUUCUAUGUACCGGAACGUGUAAGACCCGGACUCGAUCUCGACGAGGAGCUGGCCAUGCGAUGGGACUGGAAUCCAUGGAUGUGGCACCUAGACACCGAUCUAUUCCUGCCCCUGGAUUCAACUCUCUAUCCCAGUGCGCCGAAGACGGUUUAUCGGAAAAUAGUCAGCACAUAUGCAAAGGCAAAUGGUCAAGUAGUCUUUUUGGUGAAGUAAUUUUUUUUGCCAAUUCCAUCAUUUAUAUAUUUUAUAAUAAAUAAACCCGUUCUUAGAACA